CAGAAGGCAACGGUAAGCGUCAUGCAGUUGUUGGUGUAGUUCUCUGAUAUGAUAUCGUUAAAUCAUCAUUCGCAUUCAAUAAUAUAUUUGCUUUAAACGUAAUCACCGCCGUUUUGUGUCCGGUAAUAAUGCGGAGGUCUGCAAAAGUCGCGCUUCCGAUGAUUUGCCAGAUUUAAUAUGUACAGUGGACUUCUGCCGCCGGGUCUCAGUGAGGCUGACCUGAGCUCUGAGAAUGAUGAUGAUGAAGAGGAAACAGCAGAAAACGAGCAGCCCUCACAUCAGUCAGGCACAGAGCCACGUUCAGCUUGUGUACAGGCUGAAUGUAGUAACACAAAAACUGGUUUGCACAAUGAUGCAUUUGGGGAUGAUUGUCUUCCUGGAGUUUCCCUGGAUAAAUGGCAAAAGUUCAAAGAGCUCCAGCAAGCAAAAGAUGAUCAGUCAAUGAAGGAAGGACAAAUAAAGCGGAAAAGGAAAAGACGUCACAAGAAAGGUGGGACACAGAAUUGUGACACUGAGCAGAAAAGGGAGCCUGAAGAGAAACGGGAGGAGCACUGGAAGGAGCUCACGCAGUAUUUUGGCACCAAUGAUAGACUCAAGCCGCCUCCUUGUAGCAGACCUCCUCGCAUGUCAGGCCUGGAAAAGAGCAUAGAGAGUGCCAUCGCUGAAGGGGACUAUGGGAAGGCGGAAGAACUGAGUGACAGACUUGCUACUCGAGAGCUGGCCGUGAAAAUCGCGCAAGCCGCCGAUUGCCGUGACUUCGCCCGCACCAAACAGGAAGCGGAGGCUUCCCAGGCAGCCCGAAAAAGGAGGAAGCAAAUCGCUUGGGGGUUUGAAGCAAAGAAAAGAUGGGAAACCAAAAGCAAUAUGGGAUUCAUGUGAUAUUCGCUGCAGUUGACACGUUUCUAUAAAGAUGAGUAAAGAUUUGGCAUGUUGAUAAUUGUUUAUAGAGGUAAUCUUUUUAUAAUGCGGUAUUAUUGCAUUCAAAUCUCCUUUUUUGUCAUUUAACAUUUUUAUUUUAUUUCUUUCUGAAUCAGUUUUUUGGUCAUUCAUUCAGAUUUGUGGGACAUUUUUUAUGUAGCUAAAUAAAUUUCAUAAGCACAC